AUGCAGUUCGGGCAAUGGGUUGCGCACGAUAUUAUUUUCAUGCCUUCAUCUACGGGGCCAAACGGGAGAACUCUUGAUUGCUCCUUAUGCGAUUCUUCUAAGAUCAACAAUAACUGUGCACCAAUUCCAGUUCCAUCAGAUGAUGAAUACUUCAAGCAAAAUAACGGAACUGGAAGGAGGAGUGUUAGACAGAGAGAUGAUACAGAGGAGACAAGGGCAGAAAGGAGGAGAGGGGAUAGGCGAGGUCAUUCCCGUCGUUCCAGAUGUAUCCGGCUAACUCGUGCUUUGAACGCUCAAAAAGGACUUGGAAAUACCCAUUUCCUCGACCUUUCCGCGGUUUAUGGAUCCGAAGAAUGUGAAGGAGCUUCGGAUACCAACUGUCAAUCAAAAGACCCAUAUUUUUGCUUCACUACUGGUGAUUUCCGCAAUUCGCUACACCCUGGAUUAAUUCCUCUACACUCCACUUAUAUCAAGGAACACAAUAGAAUUGCUGGAUUGUUCAAGGCUAAUCCGGAUUGGACUGAUCAAAAAAUCUUCGAGGAAACUCGCCGUGUGAAUAUUGCUCAAUACCAACAUCAAGUGUACAAUGAGUAUCUACCUGGAAUUGUUGGCGACAAACUUAUGGACAACUUCAAACUCAGGACUAUGAAACCAGGUUCUGGUUUCUCCAAGGAUUAUUCCCCAUCGGUAAACGCUGCGCUAACAGCUGAAUUUGCCGCUGCUGCCUUCAGAUUCGGCCAUGGACAAGCAAGAAAGGACUUUCCAAGAGUUACCAAUAAAAAUACCACAGCCGGAACGUCUGUCGAUAUUGGAAGCAAUAUUUUCUAUGUUGAUUCACACUAUGCCCCCAAUCAAGGAGGAAUGGCUUCGUUUAUAGAAGGAAUGAUGCAGUAUCCUGUGAUGAAGUCUGACAAUGAAUUCUCCUUCCCAAUUCGAAACCAACUCUUUGAAAUUCGAGGCCAACCAGCCUCAGGUGUUGAUCUUGUUGCUGUAAAUAUCAUGCGUGGUAGGGAUAUUGGACUGUUUCCGUACAAUGAAUACAGAACACUGGUUGGACUUAAAAAAGCAAAUAGCUUUGAUGAUCUGAGGAGCGAGAUGGAUGCAAUUAACGUUGAUGCUCUGAAGAAAGUUUAUGCUGAUGUUAACGAUAUUGAUCUCUACUCUGGUAUCAUGCUGGAAAAGCCUACAUUAGGCGCUGCGAUAGGUCCUACCGGAGGUUAUAUUAUAGCUGAGCAAUUUGCGGCUCUAAAGCGAGGUGAUCGUUUCUUCUAUGAUAAUCAGGUGCAAGGAACAAGAGGCUUAAAGCCAGGUACGCUCAAGGUCAACUUUAAGAUUUUCAUUGUUCCCGUUUUGAAAAGAAUAUCACAAUAG